CUUGGGAGAAAAAUGAACAUUCCUCAGACUAAAAGCCCAGAUAUCAAGAGAAUAAUAAAAAAGCUACGUGUAGAUUCUUUGAAGUUGAAUGUUCUUAGGAAAUAAGUUAUCUCAGUUAAAACGUAACAAGUUCAUGUUGACUACUUCUGCCUAACUUGGAUUGAAUGCCACUUUCACAGCCAAGAAGAGAGCAAAGUAGGUUUCUGUGAAAUGACAAAGUGGUCAGAGUUUCCUCCAAAAAUUAUUUUGUGAAAAGAUCUAUAUCGAAGAAGAAGUCUUAUGAGAGAGGCAUUAGUCCAGUUGGAAGUCAAUCUAUUGAAGGACUGAUGAGAAUUGAAGAGACUAAGCCAGUAUACCAAGCUGUUAAUAAGAAGAUGAUACAAUAUGAGAGACUUAAGCAAGUCCUCGAAAGUGAUUAUGUUAGGAAUCUUAAAAACAUCACACAGAAAUAUGAGGUUGGGAAAAAGCUAGACUAUAGAAUUCGAUUCAGAGAUAAGCAAGGAUUUCGUACGAGUGAGAAACAAAGAAGGAAGAUUGAAUGAAGUCCUGACUUACCUCAAUUUUCUAAGAGUAGGCUUGCAACUACUACAAAACCUCCUAUUCAUUUGGCUAUGGUUAACUCUCCAAAAAGUAGAAUUGAUUAUACACCAAAAAACUUAAAGAACUUAUUCGGGAAGCCAAGAAGAAGCCGAUGAUAUAUGAGUUAUCUAGACAGAUAUCCAAAGCAGGAUUUUGAUUCUUUAUAA